AUGGCGGUUGGAAAGAAUAAGAGAGUUAGCAAGGGUAAAAAGGGAGGCAAAAAGAAAAUUGUUGACCCUUUCUUGAAAAAGGAGUGGUACACUCUCAAGGCACCGGUCAUGUUCCACGUUAGGAACUUCGGUCAGACACUUGUUACCAAGACACAGGGUACAAAGCUCGCUAGUGAUGGACUCAAGGGACGUAUUUAUGAAAUAUCCCUUGCCGAUCUCAACGCUGAUGAGGACCAGGCUUACCGCAAAAUCAAACUUUGCUGCGAAGAUGUACAGGGAAGAAACUGCCUAACCAACUUCCACGGAUCAAGUGUAACACGUGACAAACUGUGCUCACUUAUCAGGAAAAACUACUCCCUUAUCGAGGCCUACACCGAUGUCAAAACCACAGAUGGUUACACCCUUCGUAUGUUCUGCAUCGGAUACACCAAGAGGAGACCCGGACAACUUAAGAGCACUUGUUACAUUAGGACUUCGAGGAUGAGAAUUGUUAGACGUAAAAUGGUACAAGUUAUGCAGAGGGAAGCUUCGACCACCUCCUUGAGGGAGGUAGUCAAAAAGAUUAUCCCCGAGUCUAUCGGAAAGGAAAUUGAAAAGGCAUGCAAAAGUGUUUUCCCUUUGCAAAAUGUCCUUAUCAGAAAAAUUAAGGUCCUCAAAAAACCAAAAUUCGACCUCACCAAACUCAUGGAAGUACAUAACGAUAUCUCAGAGGAUACCGGACAUGCCAUGAAACUUAAUGAGUCGGAAGAAGCUGAGAACCUUCUAACCAAGGAAUUGAACGCUGCCGCUGCUUAA